AUGGAUGCUUUCAGGGAUGCUAUUGAUGUGUGUGGGUUGAAAGAUUUAGGAUACAAGGGUUGCAAAUUCACGUGGCAGUGGGGGAAAUCGGAGGAGAAUUUGAUCAGAGAAAGGCUAGAUAGUUUUUUGGGGGAUGAUGAUUGGUGUGAGAUGCAUCCAAACUUCUCUAUUAAGCACCUUGUACGUGAAGAAUCGGACCAUGCUCCGAUUAUGUUGGAUACACUGAAUUACUAUGAUAGAGGCAAGGGUGGAAAACUUUUUAGGUUCGAGGCUAUGUGGCUCUCGAAUGACUAUUGUGAAGCGGUGAUUUCGAAAGCUUGGGGCGAUAGUGAGGGUUUAGAGGCACAUCAGCGAACUGAGCAAUGCACUUUGGGCCUUAAAAAGUGGUUUUCUUCCACUUUUAAAAACACUCAGAAGAAAAUCAGAAGAUUAGAGAAGGAACUGUUAGAAGCGCAAGGUGGUCAUAUUGAUGCUGCUAUGUUGGAAUGCUGUGAAAAAAUCUCGAAUGAAUAG